AUGUGUCGUUGUGAAACGUUGGUCAGUCGUAUAGAAAAUUGGGAAAUGUGCUUUGGUAUAUCAAUGACCGAAGUACACAUAACGGAAGAAGAAUUUUUCACACAAAUGACAGAAUUGAAUAAUUCGAAUCCGAUGUGCAAGUUAAUUAUGUGGAAAUUUUCUUUUUCUUUUAUGAAUCAUUGCAUCUUACAUUUCUUGGGAUUAUGGGAUCAAAAUAUGAUUCAUACCACUUAG